GAUCACGAUUACAGACAUGAUUCAAACUUUAUCCAGUUUGUGUGGACAGAUCGCUCUGUGUAUAUUCUGUGAAGUGAAUUAGUCAAAGCAAGUCCCAAACAACCGAUUAAAAAAAAACAAGAAAAGAGGAGGAGGAGGCGGCAGCAGCAGCUAGGUAAGUUGUUUCCUCUCAACCUUCCAUGUAAAAUCCCAGAAGGUCCAAAAAUGUGGAAAACGCGUACCAUUUAAUUAAAAGGUGAUCAUAUGCCCUACUUGAGUGUACUUAAUUUGAUUCAGCCCUACUGUACAAAUCAUACUUAGCCACCAAAAUUGAUUGUCCUUCAAUGAUAAAUUUUUCCAUGAGCAGAUAACCAAACUUUUCUAUAUAAGCACACACAUGGCUCUAAAGUUGAGUCCAAGGCAAUAGAAAAAAAUAAUAAUAAUUUCCCAAUUCAUCAUCUCAUUCUUUCUUUCCAAAUCAAACAAAGGCCAUGGCUAUCAACAGGUCUAUGUCCAUCUCCAAAAAUUAUAUGCUGUUGAAGCCAGAAGAGGUCCAACUCUUUGAUCUCAUUCGCAUCCUCUUCUUCCGUGACAUAGAGAAAAGGAACUUCGUGAACACUCCCGAAGGGGUUCAUGAUGAACCUUUCAUGCGUCGAUGGCUCAUCUUCGUGUCCAUCUUAGUUCAGAAGGGGCUGCAGACUGUAUCAGCACCUUUGGCGAGGUUCGGUAGCAAUCUAGAGAUGUGGCUAAACCUUCUGUCAAAUAACGGCAACUUCCUUAAGCUUGCGUGGAAUUUUUUACGCGGGAAAAUGGUAACACCAGAAAAGUCAUGGCCUACUUUCUUGUCAUUCAAUGGAAAGAUUGACGAUCGGGUUGAGUUAGACAAGAACAUUAAGCAUGGUGACAGCAGAUACUAUGGUGCAUUUUCUGUGAUGGCUGCUAAAAUAUCAUAUGAGAACAAAGAUUAUAUCAAAAAAACAGUGGAGGACCUCUGGAAGAUGGAAUUCUUGGGCUUCUAUGAUUUUUGGAAUGAAUUUCAAGAAAAAGCUACCACGCAAGCAUUUAUGCUUCGCGACAAAAAUGUUGAUCCAGAAAUGAUUGUUGUGGCCUUCAGAGGCACAGAAACCUUCGAUGCAGAUGCAUGGUGCACAGACUUUGACAUUUCUUGGUACGACUUUCCGGGCAUGGGCAAAGUGCAUGGUGGCUUCAUCAAAGCUCUAGGGUUGCAGAAAGAUGCAAGUUUGCCUGAUGAGAUCGAAAAAACCGAUGAUGAACACGCCACGGCUUACUAUUCCAUCAGGGAAAAGCUUAAAGAACUUCUGAAAACAAAUGAGAAAUCGAAGUUCAUAGUGACCGGUCACAGCUUGGGCGGUGCCCUAGCGAUUCUGUUUCCGGCAGUGUUGGCAUUGCAUAAGGAGGAAGAGUUGUUGAAGAGGUUGGAGGGUGUGUAUACAUUUGGACAACCAAGGGUAGGAGAUGAUGAAUUUGGGGAGUUCAUGAAAGAGCAAUUGAAGAACUACAGCAUACCAUAUUAUAGAUUUGUUUACUGUAAUGAUAUUGUGCCUAGGUUGCCAUAUGAUGACUCCACACUCACGUUUAAGCACUUUGGGACGUGCCUAUACUACAAUAGCUUCUAUAAAGGCGAGGUUGUUGAGGAAGAACCAAACAAGAAUUACUUCUCUCCAUUUGCCGCGAUACCGAAGAUGAUAAAUGCGUUCUGGGAGCUGAUAAGAAGCUUCAUCAUUCCAUACACGAAGGGACCGGACUACAAAGAAGGGGGUACUCUUCGAGUGCUCCGGUUAAUCGGACUGCUAAUUGCAGGUGUACCGGCUCAUUCAACCCAAGAAUACGUUAAUUGCACUCGGUUAGGAUCAGCAGACGUAUAUCUCCCAGUUCAUGAUGAUCAUGCCAAAAGCAACACGAAUUCAGAAGAACCCAAGAAUUUGUAACUCACUGUGUUUGGGUAUGAAUUAUUGAAACAAGCUUAUUGAAUUGAUUGAUAAUCGGAUCCAAAUUAUUUUUAUCAUUGGUACU